AUGAACAUAAGAUAUUUCACUUUUCUUAUCGCUUCCGUACUCUGCGAAUCGAACUUUACUGAGUCGGCUACUAUCAAAAAUGAUACCACUCCACUUGUUGAUCUUUCGAAAGUAGUUGCCCGUGAUCAGGGAGCAAUUGUUGUUGCUGCAUUCCCAGCCAUUUCCACUAUAAGAUCAAAAAACAAAAAGAAGUUUGGACUUGGAGCAUUCGAAAAAACAACUUCAAAUACUGGAGCCACGUUUUCCAGAAGAGGAUCUUCUACCGGAAAUCCGUAUUCGUCUGGAUAUCAAGGACUUCCUGAAUCUCAGAGUUCGAUUCCUGGUGAUCGAAUGGGAGGAAUGACAAGAACUGGAAAGAGGACAUUCGGAAGUUAUGGAAGUGUGGACACAGCGAAAGGGCAAUCAUCGGCGAAUCGAGCCGGAACAGGAUCCGGAUGGAGGGGGUCUUCGAGAAAUAAUGAUCGAGAGAAUGACGAUUGGAAUAAUGGAAGCAAUAACUUCAAUUCGAAUUCCAAUAAAAACAAUAGAAUGAAUAAAUAUGGAAAUAGAAACGAUGGAGAUGAAUAUAACAAUCAAGACAACUGGAAUUCUGGGUCAAAUUCUAAUGGUGGAUACAGUGGAUCGAAUGGAUCAGGAUCAGGAGGAGCUGGUGGAUGGGGAAAUGGUGACAAUGAUGAUGGAUGGAACAAUUACAACAGCAAUAAUAAUGGAAACAGAAACAAUAAAAAUAGCAACAACAAUCAUGGAAACUCGUGGGGAACCAAUGAUAACGAUAAUGAAAAUUCAAAAAAUAACGGCAAUUCGUGGCAAGGAUCUGGAGGAAAUGGAAAUAAUGAGAAUUGGGGUGGACAAGGAGGAGAUGGAGACUCGAAUUAUGGAAAUGAAGGAUCAUGGAAACCAUCGGGAAGCGGAAAUAAUUAUGGAAGAAAUCGAGGAAAUGGAGGAGAUGAAUGGGGAAGUAACAACAACAAUGAUGGAGAUAAUUUGAGCAAUAAUUGGAAUGGAGGAUCAUCUGGUGGAAGUGGGAAUGGUGAUAAUGAUAACUGGGGAAGCAAUGGAAAUAAUGGAAAUUCGAAUAGUGGAGGAUCUUGGAAUAACGGUGGAAAUGGAGGAGGAGGAAACGACAAUUGGGGAAGCAAUAAUGAAGAUAAUGACAAUGGAGGAUCAGGAGGAAACUAUGGAAGCAACAAAUGGAAUGGGAAUCAAGAUAAUGAUAACGAGAAGUUCGGAGGAUACAAUAAGAAUAAUGGAUAUGGAAGCAACAAUAAUAAUGAUGGAUGGGGAUCGUCAAAUAAUGGAGGAAACUAUGGAAACAGCAACUGGAAUAACGGAGGAGGCGGAGGAUGGGGAAGCAGUAACAAUAAUGGAAAUGAUGGGAACAAUAAUGGAAAUUGGGAAUCGAAUAACAACGGAGGUGGUGGAAAUAAUGGAGGAAAUGAUAAUUGGAAUGGAAAUGACAACAACGGAAACUAUGGAAAUAAUGGCAACAAUAAUGGAAACAAUGGUAAUGGAGAUGAGGAUUACGGAGAUUGGUACAGUAUGAAAAUGAAAGAUCCUAUUGCAAAUGGUGCUUCUGCUGCUGAAACUGUUACUUCACGAGAUCCAGAAGUUGAAAGAAAGAUUGCUGAACUGACGAAUAUGGAUACUUACAGAAAGAUGUGA